AAGAGAGAGGUGGGGGCGGAGCUUGUGACUCGAGCGAGGCGUUCGCGGUCCUCUCGCUGAGUCGUCGCCUCUCUCUCGAGCCGUGAGGGGCUCUCUACCUCCUCCUCCUCCUCCUACCUCAACCCUCGUCGCCACCCCCCCCGCGGAAAACCACAACAACAACAACAAGGACUCGCAAAUGGAUAGCGGGACGACGGCACUGUAGAAAGAACCAGCGACCUCCACUCACAAGCCGGGAUGAGCGUCCCGUGGAGCGGCCCCGCGCCCGCCUGCGUGCGCCCGGCCGGGGCGGCGCACAAGCGGCUCGACUCGGACUCGGAGGCGCCGCAGCCUCCUCCGGCCAAGCGCGCCCGGAGGCUGAGCGGCGAGACCGGGGAGGCGCACGGAGGACUCCUCGGGACCGGGGCGACCGCCGCCGCGGCCGACGUCCCCGCCGUCACCCAGCGGGGCCCCUCCAGGAUCGGACCGUUCCUGCUGGUGCCCGCCGCGGCCGAGCGCGACGGCGUGCACUGCCGCGCCGUGCACGUCGACACCGGCGACGAGCUUCUGUGCAAGGUGUUCAGCAUGGCGGACUACCAGCGGAAGAUCCGGGCCUACUGGGCGGCGCCGCCCCACCCGGGCGUGCCGGCGGUGCGGGAGGUGAUCCUGGGCGAGCGCGAGGCCUACGUCUUCCUGGACCGGGACUUCGGCGACAUGCACACGCUGGUGAAGAGCCGGCGGCGGCUGGACGAGGCGCAGGCCCGGCCGCUCUUCCGGCAGAUGGCGCGGGCGGUGGCGCGAUGCCACCGCGCCGGCGUCGUGCUGGGCGACCUCAAGCUGCGCAAGUUCGUCUUCGCCGACGAAAACAGGACCCAAGUGCGUCUGGAGAGCCUGGAGGACUCCCGCGUCCUGGAGGACCCGCGGGACGACGCCAUGUGGGACACCCACGGCUGCCCCGCCUACGUCAGCCCGGAGAUCCUCAGCGGGGCGGCGCCCUACUCGGGCAAGAUGGCGGACAUGUGGAGCCUGGGCGUGGUGCUGUACACCAUGUUGGCGGGCCGCUACCCUUUCCACGACCCCGACCCGGCCGCGCUGUUCUCCAAGAUCCGGCGGGGACACUGUUGCCUACCCGAGGGACUGUCGCCCGGGGCCCGCUGCCUGGUCCAGAGCCUCCUGAGGAAGGAGCCCGGCGAGAGACUCACCGCUUCCGAAUUACUGGCGCACCCGUGGUUCCGGCGCCAGACGCCGGAAUCCAGCCCGGCGGAGCAGACGGUUCCGUCGUUUGACGCCGAGGACGACGACGGUCUGCUCUGCUGACCGAGAACGGACCCGGCUGUGUACAGUGAACCCCCGCUAUCGGUUGGGAAUAAGGAAAACCCGAAAAGUAAUCGACACCCACCCCAAAGGGGUUAGCAAUCGAGUCCGGAUGUAGCAAAGCACUUCAAGACCGAGAGGAUCGUAAACUAUCAACACCGUACUUCGAGCACGUAAACAAUCACCCGACAUCGAUAGCAUUAGCUAGCAUACUAGCCUAAAUACAACGCUGGCGCAAACUGAUCUGAAACGGGCAAACAAACAUUUGCACUAGCACUUUACACAAACGCUAUUAAAGUCAUUCGGCUAACCUUUCGGCAUCGGCACACGAAACGGGAAAAAUUGUAGCGACAAAGGAGACGACCAGGAGAGAAGCGGGAAAAGAAGAAUUAGUUUUGUCUGCGCGAGAGGCGCAUUCAAGGACCAACGACAAACGCAAAUGCGGAAACCUAACGACGAUAUCAAGACCCUGCCAGAUGGCGCCAAAGUCCCACUUUUACCCGCGUCGGCCGACUAGCCGAGACUUCCGCUCGCUAACGGAGGACGAAAAUGAGAAAAGUGCGAACGCCAAACCACGAAUACGACGGGGUCCACUGCGUACUGUACGGGCAUUUGGGUUUUUUUUCUACUGUCGGUGCUAAGGCGGCAAAAGCCAGGACCUCAAGCUACGCUUCGCUCUCGUGACAAGACGCCGUCAGAACCGGUCUCGCGCUCGCCGGCGGCCAAUGGGACGGAGGGAGUCUUUUUUUUUUUUUUUUUAACGAAACGCGACAAAGUGCGUCCCACACCAAAGAACAAAGAAACAGCAAUCUCCACAAGUUUCGUGGCUAGAAAAAAAAUCAAAAUAAAAAGCUAGUGUUUUAUAUGCAAAGUAUAGAACAAAAUAUUUGUUUUGUAUUUUAAAAAAAUGUUUAGUUUUUUUUUUGGAUUAAACAAAUUUAUUGUGGUCGUGAAGCGCUACUAGCCAAGCAGUCGCGCUACGCUCGGCUGGCUCAACAGAUGGCGCCAGUCGCGGAUGAGUCACAUGGCCCAGAGAGUGACUUUCAAAUUCAAUACAAGUUCGCAUUAAAGCCAUCAUAAUUGAUAUCGCCACUGGAAGAGGAAAAGGCAACGAUUAAUAUAUCCGGAACGAAAAUAAUUUUGGGGUUCUUUUGUGUUUUUAUUUUUUGGGGCUGAAGUAAAACAAAACAUUUUUGGGUGUAUUUUGUGUACAGAAACAAAAAAAAUCAAAAGGGCUGUUUUACAGAUAAAGAUUUUUUUUAUAUUUAUACAAAUAUUAAAAAAUAUAUUUUUAAGUUUGGGGUUUUUUUUUUUUUUUUUCCAGAGACAUGACCAAAAAGUUGGUUUUAUUCAAAAUACACACAAAAAAGUGUUUUGAUUCUACUUCGUUUUUUUUUUAUUAUUAUUAUUAUUUCAGACUAUUAAUGUUUCCUGGAUAAGGGGGGGAAAAAAACCCACUUCCGAUCCAAUAACCGACGAGUGUCGCGCGGCGGACGACGGUACGACCAAUCCAGGAUUUUGUCUCCGGUUUACUUGUAAAUUACGUUUUGAAUGUUGAAUGCAAAGAGACUCGAGACAAAUAUGAUUUUUGUCCCCCCCCCCCCCCAUUAAUUUUAGUUGCUUCAGAUGCAGUCGAGCUGACACGAGCGCACCGAUUGGCGCGCUCUCAAUGAAGUGUAUGCAUUCGUGUGCGUGUGACAACGCAGCGGCAAAUAAAUCGCCACUGAAAUAUAUUCAUCCUCUAAGGAGAAACAUGUAAAUAUGUGUAUAUUUGAAAUGAGUGAUAUUGAAGAAUAAAGAUUUUUUUUUUUUCAAAAUGGUUUCUUUAAAUUGCCCCCCCCAUUUAUAUAUGGAUUGAAGGAAAGCACCCAGACCUGAAAGGCUGAUCCUGGAUCCAAAUCCUGCUUUGACUUUGCGAAAUUCAAAAGAAUGCAGAAUAUUGUAUUGCAUGACAUCAUAUUUGUAGGCGGGCGCAUGGACUCAACGAAAUAUUCCAUCCCUGCCGUUCGCUUGGGAGAAGAAGGCAGCGGUCUGCUGCCCCCGUGUGGCCAUUCCAAAUAUUGCCAAGGAGAGGUCGCCCAUCAAAUAUAUAAAAAACAAAUUGUUUUAUUUUUUUUUUGUAACGAAAUGAUUAAAAUAUUGUAUGAGUUACAAUAACAUUAGUAGUCUCGAUCACGUGACGUGAAUUAUUCAAAAUGUGGCAAAAUAAUAA